AUGGGCCUCCUGCCGCUGUUCCUCCGGGCGGUCGCGCGGCUGGCGGCGUGCCUGGCCACCCGGCCGGUGUCCGAGACGGCGGCGACCGCGCUGUACCACGCCGGGGCGCUGCCGAGGGACCCCGCCCUGGAGCGCCUGGUCUGCGACGACAUGCUCGACGGCGGCGACGACGACUGCAUCCUGCAUUUCGUCGUCGGCGUCAUGAGGUCCUUGGGCUAG